GUGUGCGGAAUUUUAGGCCUUCUGUUGCACGAUCCGAACGUGAACGCUGCCACCGAAAUCUGCGAGGGCCUGUCGUUGCUGCAGCACCGCGGGCAGGAUGCGUGCGGGAUCGUCACCUGCGGACCCAAGGGCCGAUUCUACCAAUGCAAAGCCAACGGGAUGGUCAGAGAUGUUUUCGAUGCGAACGCCGUGGCGAGGUUGGGGGGCAGCAUGGGCAUCGGACAUGUGAGGUACCCCACUGCAGGCAGUUCGCAUCAUGCAGAGGCGCAGCCGUUCUAUGUCAACUCCCCUUACGGUAUUGUAUUCGCUCAUAAUGGCAACCUCAUCAACACGGCGUCGCUCCUGCACUUCAUGGAUGCCGAUGCCCACAGGCACAUCAACACCUCUUCUGACUCGGAGUUACUCCUGAACAUCUUCGCCAACAACCUCCAAAAGACGGGAAAAUUCCGUAUCAACGAGGAGGAUAUCUUCACGGCGAUUGGGGGCCUCAUGGAACAGUGCAAGGGCGCGUAUGCGUGUGUCGCGAUGCUUGCCGGGUUCGGGAUCAUCGCAUUCAGAGAUCCGAACGGGAUCAGGCCGUUAGGGAUGGCAUCUAGGAAGGCCGCGGGGGGUACCGGAAGGGAUUGGCUGUUCUCGAGUGAGAGCGUGGUCGCGGACGCAAGCGGAUUCGGAGACUGGGAAGAUGUGAAGCCUGGUGAAGCUGUUAUCAUCACCAGAUCCUCGGUGUCCCGCCGCCAAGUGUCCGCUCCAGCCACCUUUGCCCCCGAUAUCUUCGAAUUCGUCUAUUUCGCGCGUCCCGAUUCCGUCUUGGAUGGGAUCAGCGUGUACCGCAGUCGGAUGGCUAUGGGUGACGCGCUUGCGAAAGAGGUCAAACGCGUGUUGGCCGAGAAGCAUCUUUCGGUGGACGUCGUCAUCCCUGUUCCUGAUACCUCGCGAGUGGCGGCGUUGAAUCUUGCGCAAGAGCUGAAUUUGCCUUACCGGGAAGGCUUCGUGAAGAAUCGCUACGUUGGAAGAACAUUCAUCAUGCCUGGCCAGCAGAUGCGGAAAAAGAAUGUCAGACGCAAGCUGAACGCUAUGGCGUUAGAGUUCGCUGGCAAAAACGUGCUGCUUGUCGAUGAUUCCAUCGUCAGGGGUACGACAUCAAAGGAAAUCAUCCAGAUGGCGAAAGACGUUGGGGCCAAGAAGGUCAUAGUAGCUAGCUGUGCACCGCCCAUCCGAUACUCCAACGUGUAUGGUAUUGACAUGCCAUCACGAUUCGAGCUGGUUGCCCAUGGCCGCACAACAGAAGAGAUCGCCGAAGCUAUCGGGGCCGAUCUGGUCAUCUUCCAGACACUGGAUGAUCUGAUCUCCUCCGUCCGCCAAUUCAACCCGUCCAUCAGCCAGUUCGACUGUUCGGUCUUCACCGGUGAAUAUGUGACUGGGGGCGUCGACGCAGCGUACCUCCAACAGCUCGAAAAGAUUCGAGCAGACAAUGUGAAAGGUACGACAGUCGCUGGAGACGUUGGAGCUUUGGAGGGCAAGGGUGGCGGCGGCGUGCGCGGAGGAAACGGAGAGGUAGGAGACGCUACCGCGAUGGCUUCUGGAGGGCCCAUGAACGGCGUCGAUGAUACGAUAGGGCUGCAUAAUACUUGGAAGACGCAUUGA